CAUAGGAUUCAAGGACCCUGCAUAUGCAUUGUGGAAAUGAAGCCUAGAUAAUCUUACAUUACCAUCUGAAGAAUUCCAAUCAGAAUUAGAAAUCCAAAUGCCGACCGGAAGGUCUUGAGCCAAAACCUUAUCCAUCGCCGCUCCACAAUUGCUCUGGGUUCCUUUACCCCUGUAUGGUUUGAUGGGAAUUUCACACCAAUCUUCGGCUAGGCUUCAGGAGUUAUCGAGGAUUGUCUCGUCCGCCAAAGCCCCUAAGCCCAACAAAGCUCUCCCCACGUCGCCGAAUCGAGUUGCGGCCCCGGCAGCUCUCAAAUCUCAGGCAUCGCAGCUGAAGAUGGAAAGCUCCGAAGGGGAGAAGAAUCGGGUGCCGCUUGCUCACGUGGUCGCCGAUUGCGCCAAGCGGUGGUUCCGGGACACUCUCAAGGAGGCUCAGGCCGGCGACAGCAGUAUGCAGCUCCUGGUCGGCCAAAUGUACUACUCUGGCUAUGGUGUUCCCAGAGACCCUCGAAAGGGACAUGCUUGGAUUAGCAAAGCAUCAAGGACUCGAAGUUCAGUAUGGAAAGCUAGUGAAAAGCAUCCAGGUUAUAGAGCAAGUGACUCUGAUUCGAAUGAAAUGGAGAACAAAGAUCGAUGAAGUUGUCUUCCAUCACAGUUUGUAAGUACGGGGCUAGUGAUUAGACUAUGGAAUUUCUUACUGUCAUUUUCGGUUAAUUCAGAUUCGCUUGCUGGAAUUGUUGUUAUUGGAUGUCUUACAUUUUAAUUAUCACCGGCUCUUACUGACUAUAGCAUCCUCACCAUCUUUAUAAAUAUAAUCUUGCUUAUACUGUUGUUCUUUAUAGUGCUGUCUAUUAUGUUUUGGAAGGUUGUCGUGACAUUUAUUUUAAUUUCAGUGUUAUGAUAAUCUGAGACGGCAAAUUGAUGAUCUAAUUUCGGAAGCUCUGAAUAAUGAGUACCAUGCUUCUAAAACUGAGAGUAACUCUUGCAUUAUGGCUUUCUUAUUGUUACAAAAGUGUUAUUUAUUGACUCUGGAGCUUACCGGAUGUUUUUUUUUUUUAAAUAAAUGUGCUUUCAUGACAAAUGCGACUGCUUCCGUACUUCAAAGACAUUUCUCUUUUGAAUGUCAAUUUUUGUAUUUAUUUCAUACGAGUCUUCCAAAAUAGAUGCCAACUUCCUUUUCCGUUGCCAGUCUCCCUCCGCCUGGCCUUCACGACUACUUUAUUUGAUUUGCGGAUUUAUUGCCAUUAGAAAAGCAGUGUCACAUUCAGAUCUAAGUAUAAAGAUUGCAACAUAGUUUGAAAAGAAAUAUCAUUCAAUCAAUGCGUAACUUUGCUCAUCUAUACAUAAUUAACAUUUUCCAAAAUGGGAAUUAAUGGAGUCCUGGCAUUCAGAUACAAGUUUGUCUCUUCUUUUCCUUUCCUUUUUUUUUCCCCCCUGGUAGGCACAGAUAUCUUCCUAUUAGAGGCAAUUUUUCUUCUUUUCCUUUCUUCUCAUGUUUCUUCUUCACUGUUUUGUCUAUUUAUAGUCACAGUAAAGUUAAGUUAGUUUCUAUUUGAUUCUUGUGCUCAGAGAAGUUCUAAAAUAUCUUUAUUACAUCCCGAUUGUAUCAACUGUCAAGUGAUAGUAAUCAUAAAAUUUCAAACAAUGUAUUUGGUUACUAUUGUCUAUUCUUGGGCAAAGUUUUCAAGUCAGAUCAGAAUGAAUAUUUUAGUUUAAUGAUUAUAACUUAUGAGUGCAUUCACGAGGCAUUUAACUUUUCUAAUGAUAUUUACUUGAUUGCUAGAGCUAUCAAACUACGUAUAUUGCUUGGUAAAUUCCUAAGAAGCAUGGUUAUUGAUAAUGAUAUGUACAUGAGGCAUGACACCAUGAAAGUUGAUGUGCUGAUGGCAAUUUGAAGAGCUGCAUUGUGUUUGAUGCUGGUUUUUAACAUAUUUAAAGCGUGUCUAGAAUGAUGCAGGUGUUCUUUCUUUUUUCUGUUUUUUCCCCUGACACAAGGUUCUUCAUUUUUUGUAGUGACCUGUUGGGCGUUAUUUUCGCAUGCUGUCAUGUUGUAUGAUAUCCGGCGUGAUUUGUAAUUUUUCUCUUGAAUUCUCUGUCGUACAAUUUUCUGUAUUUUUACUCCGACUCUCCUAUAUUGUCACUGCAAAUGUAACUGUGGGCUGUAGUUUUAGCUACCUGGUUAGCUCUCAUCUUCUCUGAAUGAGCCAGUGACUGCCAUGAUGGCUAAUAAGAAAAAUAAAUAUUUAUUUAUUUAUUUAUUUUUUUAAAUUGAAGAA